AUGCGCUCAGGGGUCAGGCCUUGGAGGCGGCGGGGCAGCCACUCAGGGGACAGGCUUCAGAGGCGGUGGGGCAGCUGCUCGGGGGACAGCCGCUCGAAGGAGCAGACUUUGGAGGUGACAGGGCAGCCGCUUGGGGGGCAGGCUUCAGAAGCGGCGGGGCAGCUGCUUGGAGGAGCAGCCUUUGGAGGUGGUGAAGCAGCCGCUCGGGGGAGCAGCCUUCGGAGGCAGCAGAGCAGCCGCUCGGGGGACAGACUUUGGGGGGCAGCCUUCAGAGGCGGAGGGACAGCCACUCGGGGGAACCGGCGGGGCAGCCUCUCGGAUCGGGAUAGUCUUCGGAGACGGCGGGGCAGCCGCUCGAGAGACAGGCUUCAGAGGCGGCGGGGCAGCUGCUCGGAGGACAGCCACUCGGGGGAGCACACUUCGGAGGUGGCGGGGCAGCUGCUCGGAGGAGCAGCCUUUGGAGGUGGUGAAGCAGCCGCUUGGGGAGCAGGCUUCGGAGGGGGCGGGUCAGCCGCUCGGGGGAGCAGCCUUCGGAGGCAGCGGAGCAGCCGCUCGGGGGACAGACUUUGGGGGCAGCCUUCAGAGGCGGAGGGACAGCCACUCGGGGGAGCCGGCGGGGCAGCCUCUCGGAUCGGGAUAGUCUUCGGAGACGGCAGGGCAGCCGCUCGGGAGACAGGCUUCAGAGGCGGCGGGGCAGCUGCUCGGGGGACAGCCACUCGGGGGAGCACACUUCGGAGGUGGCAGGGCAGCUGCUCGGAGGAGCAGCCUUCGGAGGUGGUGAAGCAGCCGCUUGGGGGAGCAGGCUUCGGAGGGGGCGGGUCAGCCGCUCGGGGGACAGACUUUGGGGGGCAGCCUUCAGAGGUGGAGGGACAGCCACUCGGGGGAGCCGGCGGGGCAGCCUCUCGGAUCGGGAUAGUCUUCGGAGACGGCAGGGCAGCCGCUCGGGAGACAGGCUUCAGAGGCGGCGGGGCUUCUGCUAGGGGGACAGCCACUUGGGGGAGCACACUUAGGCGCUGGCGGGGCAGCUGCUCGGGGGAGCAGGCUUCGAAGGCGGCAGGACAGCUGCUCGGGGGACACCCGCUCCAGGGAGCAGGCUUCGGAGGCGGCGGGUAG